AUGAAAGAGCAAACACCCGACGUGCCACCAAAUAUAAUUGCAUUGAAGGUGGGGCACCUUGUUGAUAACCCCCCAAGAAUUUACCCCGUUGUCGAGCUGCCCGAAGCUCUAAAGCAAAGCAAUAGCUCUGUCAUUCGAUCCAAUUCCCCAACAACAACAUCUCAGAUUAUGGCCAGAAAGAAAAGAAGAGGGAUUAUAGAGAAAAGGCGCCGUGAUCGUAUAAAUAACAGUUUAUCAGAGCUGAGGCGGCUUGUGCCAACUGCUUUUGAAAAACAAGGAUCUGCCAAAUUAGAAAAAGCGGAAAUACUGCAAAUGACAGUGGAUCAUCUGAAGAUGCUGCAGGCAACGGGAGGUAAAGGUUAUUUUGAUGCUCAUUCACUGGCCAUGGACUUCAUGAGCAUUGGAUUCCGGGAGUGCUUAACAGAAGUCGCGAGGUACCUGACUUCAGUGGAAGGUCUCGACACAUCUGACCCUCUGCGCGUUAGACUCGUGUCUCACCUGAGCACCUGCGCUUCUCAGAGGGAAGCCGCCGCCAUGACGUCCUCCAUGGCCCACCACCACCACCCCUUGCACCCUCACCACUGGGCAGCCGCUUUUCACCACCUCCCGGCUGCUUUGCUGCAGCCGAACGGACUCCACGGCUCGGAGGCCACCCCAUGCAGACUCUCCUCGGACGUGCCCCCCCACGGCUCUGCCCUGCUCACCGCCACCUUCGCCCACGCCGACGCUGCCCUCAGAGUCCCCUCCGCUGGCAGCGUUGCUCCCUGUGUCCCCCCUCUCUCCACCUCCCUCUUGUCCCUCUCGGCUACUGUCCACGCUGCCGCCGCCGCAGCCACUGCGGCCGCCCAGAGCUUCCCCCUCUCCUUCACCAGCGCCUUCCCCAUGCUUCCCCCCAGCGCGGCCGCCGCUGCCGUGGCCGCAGCGACAGCCAUCACCCCUCCGUUGGCCGUAUCGGCCACCGCCAGCCCUCAGCAGGCUGGCAGCGGCGGGGGCACGAAACCCUACCGGCCCUGGGGGACUGAAGUUGGAGCCUUUUAG